AUGAAGUACUCUGUAGCUGUUCUGGCCGCCGUGGCCUUUGGCUUCAGCUCAGCCCAGACUGCCACCACUACAUCAGGAUACCAGAAGCCCAGUGAGGCCGCGAGGCCAGGCGCCAUCACCAACCAUGGAUGCUACAACGCGUCAUCAACGACAUGGGAGAAGUACCCCGUCGAGAACAUCAGUACCGGAUCAUGCACAUUGGAAUGCCAAACGAAGCAGAAGAAGAAUGUCGCUGCUAUCAACGGCGAGGACUGCUACUGCGGUGACUCGUACCCGCCAAAGGUCGACGUCGUCGACGACAAAAAGUGCAACUUCCCUUGCCCAUUCUACCCGGAAGAAGCUUGCGGUGGUGUCGAUGACAUGAUGUACUACUCCGUCUUCAACACGGGUCUCAAGCUCGUGGUCCCCGACGAAGAUGUCGCAACCACCACAACCGCCGCAGCCACCACCAAGGCGGCCGCGACAACAACCGCUGCCAAUGGCGUCGUCUCAACCGUCAUCGAGACCCCCGUCGCGACAACGUCGGCCGCGGCAACCGAGACGCCCAAGAAGAGCACCAACGUCGCCGGCAUCGCCGCGGGCGUCGUCGUCGGUGUCGUCGCCAUCGCCGCCAUCGUCGGCGCCGCCUUCUUCUUCGUUCGCAGGAAGCGCAACGCCGAGAUCGAGGAGGAGCACCGCCGCAACGCCGCCGUCAACGCCUUCAUUGGCGGCUCCAAGCCGCCCAGCAGCAGCGGCGUCUCCAUGUCCGACUCCCGCAUGGAUCCUACCCUGGCGCACCGACGCAUGAGCGAUGGCAGCAUUGCCGACAACCAAGAUUACUCGCGGAAGAUUCUCCGAGUAAGUUUUGAGAUGAAAAUGCUAUCAAAUGAGAUGAACCCUGAAAAAGCUAAUUCCCUUCAAACAGGUUACCAACGCAUGAGCACCUCACGUCAUGACGACAAACGACCUAAAAGCCUGUCCUUGGGCUUCUUUGAAUUACUUCUUUCUACACAAUUCUGGCAUCAAAGGCGUUUUGUGGUGUCCAUUCUCCCGACGCUGGCUCACUCGGGGGCGUCUUCCGAAAAAACGAUCAGUGUCGUCGGAUCUCAUUUGUAUUAUGGUGUAGGGUAA